GGGCUGAGGCGAGGAAGAUGGCGGGCUUGUCGGUGCGGGACCCCGCGGUGGAUCGGUCUCUGCGCUCCGUGUUCGUGGGGAACAUCCCUUACGAAGCCACAGAGGAACAGCUAAAAGACAUCUUCUCUGAGGUUGGACCUGUGGUCAGUUUCCGAUUGGUGUAUGAUAGAGAGACGGGCAAACCGAAAGGCUAUGGCUUCUGUGAGUAUCAAGACCAAGAAACCGCACUCAGCGCCAUGCGGAAUCUCAACGGGCGAGAAUUUAGCGGAAGAGCCCUGCGGGUGGACAACGCAGCCAGUGAGAAGAACAAGGAGGAACUGAAGAGCCUGGGCACUGGUGCUCCCAUCAUAGAGUCGCCCUAUGGAGACCCCGUAAACCCAGAAGAUGCUCCUGAGUCCAUCAGCAGAGCGGUGGCCAGCCUGCCUCCUGAACAGAUGUUUGAACUGAUGAAGCAGAUGAAGUUGUGUGUCCAGAACAGCCCUCAGGAGGCACGGAGUAUGCUCUUGCAAAACCCGCAACUCGCCUAUGCAUUGCUGCAGGCCCAAGUGGUGAUGCGUAUUGUUGACCCAGAAAUUGCCCUGAAAAUCCUUCAUCGCCAAACCAGUGUCCCGUCUCUAAUUCCUGGAAAUGCACAGCCAGGGCCAGGACAGGGUCCAGGACCCGGACCAGGAGCUGGUCCCGGGCCAGGACCUGGGCCAGGACCUGGACCAAAUGCUCAGAUGAACCAGCCGAACGUCCCAUCUUCUCAGCCACAACCAAUUUUUGCCUCCCAAGCCCUUCUGUUUUCACUCGUUCAUCCACCUGAUUGUUUCUCUCAAUGUUCUCCUGCAGGGAGCAUGCCAGGGAGUGGCCCGAUGAUCUUGGAACGCGGACAAGUACCUAUGCCGGACCCACGAGCCCCUAUGCACCGGGGGCCAAUGCCAGCUAGCGGGCCGCCACCCCGAGGCCUUCUGGGAGAUGCCCCCAAUGACCCACGGGGAGGCACGUUGCUCUCGGUCACUGGAGACGUGGAGCCCAGAGGUUACCUCGGGCCACCCCACCAGGGGCCGCCAAUGCACCACAUGCCCGCACACGACAGCCGUGGGCUGCCUCCCCAUGAAAUGAGAGGCGGACCAAUGGGAGAGCCACGUCCCCUGAUGGGAGAACCACGAGGGCCCUUGAUGGAUGGCCGAGGUGGAAGAGACCCAAGGGGCAUGGAGCCCAGAGUGAUGGAUGGCCGGGGCAUGGAGCCCAGGGUAAUGGACGGCCGGGGCAUGGAGCCCAGAGGCAUGGAGCCUAGAGGCAUGGAGUCCAGAGGCAUGGAGCCCAGAGUGAUGGAUGGCCGGGGCAUGGAACCCAGAGGCAUGGAGCCCAGAGGCAUGGAGCCCAGAGGCAUGGAGCCCAGAGGCAUGGAUGCGAGGGGCAUGGAGCCCAGAGGCAUGGAGCCUAGAGGCAUGGAGUCCAGAGGCAUGGAGCCCAGAGUGAUGGAUGGCCGGGGCAUGGAACCCAGAGGCAUGGAGCCCAGAGGCAUGGAGCCCAGAGGCAUGGAGCCCAGAGGCAUGGAUGCGAGGGGCAUGGAGCCCAGAGGAAUGGCAUCCAGAGGCAUGGAUGCAAGAGGCAUAGAACCUCGGGGGAUGGAGCCCCCUAGAGGCAUGGAGCCAAGGGGCAUGGAGCCCCCGAGAGGCAUGGAGCCCCCGAGAGGCAUGGAGCCCCCGAGAGGCAUGGAGCAGGUUCCUAAUAUGCCCGGGACGACAAUGCAGCCGUCUGGAGCCAUGGCAGGUGGAGCGGUACAGCCUGCAGCCCAGCCUGGAGGCUUCAGCCCUGGACAAAAUCAAGUCACACCCCAGGAUCAUGAAAAGGCGGCCCUCAUUAUGCAAGUUCUCCAGCUGACAGCCGACCAGAUCGCCAUGCUGCCUCCGGAACAAAGGCAGAGCAUCCUCAUUCUGAAGGAGCAGAUACAGAAAUCUACUGGCGCCCCAUGAUCCACAUUCCUUGGGUAACGAUGGGAUUUAAA